GGCUCACGUGACGGCCGGGGAGGCGAGGCGGGCCGGCGAAAGGAAGAGGCGAGGAGGCAAGAUGGCUGCCGCUCUCGGCUGCAAGGCGCCGUGAGAGAGAGAGCAAAGCUCUCUUAGUGCCACGCCCGCACCCACUUUCUUCCCCGCCACGACGUCGCCUUUUCUCUCUCUCUCUUUUGUCUGGUAGGGGCUCUCCCACCGAUAAGCAGCACUAAGGAACCUGAUCUUUUAUUCCAAGAUGUCAAGUCUUAUGUCUCAGAGUUUGGUGACAUAUGUGGAAGAAGAAAAUGUUCCUGCAUUGAAGGCAUUUCUUGAGAAGUGCAAAGAUGUAGAUGAGAGGAAUGAGAAUGGACAGACUCCAUUGAUGCUCGCAGCUGAGCAAGGCAAUUUAGAAAUUGUCCAAGAAUUGAUAAAGAAAGGUGCCAACUGCAACUUGGAAGAUUCAGAUAACUGGACAGCUCUUAUCUCAGCAGCUAAAGAGGGGCACACUGCCGUUGUGUCAGAGCUACUUAACUGCAAUGUGAACUUGGAACACCGGGACAUGGGUGGCUGGACAGCUCUCAUGUGGGCAUGCUACAAAGGCUGUACAGAAGUAGCUGAGCUGCUUCUUGAAAAAGGAGCUAACCCAAACAUCACUGGUCUGCAAUACAGUGUCUAUCCCAUCAUUUGGGCAGCAGGGCGGGGCCAUUCUCGCAUAGUACAACUCCUGCUUCAACAUGGAGCUAAGGUCAACUGCUCUGAUAAGUAUGGUACUACACCAUUGAUCUGGGCAGCAAGAAAAGGUCAUCUGGAAUGUGUGAAAUAUUUGCUGCAUAUGGGAGCAGAUGUUGAUCAAGAAGGAGCUAAUUCCAUGACUGCACUUAUUGUAGCAGUAAAAGGUGGUUUUACUGACUCAGUCAAAGAAAUUCUGAAGCGGAAUCCAAACGUAAACUUAACAGAUAAAGACGGGAACACAGCCUUGAUGAUCGCCUCAAAGGAGGGCCAUACUGAAAUUGUGCAGGAUCUCCUAGAUGCAGGAACCUAUGUGAAUAUUCCUGAUAGGAGUGGAGAUACUGUAUUGAUUGGGGCUGUCAGAGGAGGCCACGUUGAGAUUGUGAGGGCCCUGCUUCACAAGUAUGCUGACAUAGACAUUAGAGGUCAGGAUAACAAAACUGCCCUGUAUUGGGCUGUUGAGAAAGGAAAUGCUACGAUGGUAAGAGAUAUCUUACAGUGCAAUCCGGACACUGAAACUUGCACAAAGGAUGGAGAAACACCUCUUAUAAAGGCCACCAAGAUGAGAAAUAUUGAAAUAGUAGAACUACUGCUUGACAAAGGAGCUAAAGUUUCUGCUGUAGACAAGAAAGGAGAUACUCCACUUCAUAUUGCUAUUCGAGGGAGAAGUCGGAGGCUUGCAGAGCUGCUUUUAAGAAAUCCUAAGGAUGGCAGGCUGCUUUACAGGCCCAAUAAAGCAGGAGAGACACCUUACAACAUAGACUGCAGCCACCAGAAAAGCAUUUUGACUCAAAUAUUUGGUGCUAGACAUUUGUCACCGACUGAAUCUGAUGGUGACAUGCUGGGCUAUGAUCUCUAUAGCAGUGCAUUGGCUGAUAUUCUUAGUGAGCCUACCAUGCAGCCACCUAUCUGUGUGGGACUGUAUGCUCAGUGGGGGAGCGGGAAAUCUUUUCUGCUGAAGAAACUUGAAGAUGAAAUGAAAACUUUUGCCGGCCAACAGAUUGAGCCUCUCUUCCAGUUCUCCUGGCUCAUUGUACUCCUUACACUUCUGUUGUGCGGAGGUCUUGGUUUGUUACUGGCAUUCACAGUAGAUGCCAAACUUGGCAUUGCAGUGGCACUGAGCUUACUGGCACUACUGUAUGUAUUUUUUACUGUGAUAUAUUUUGGUGGCCAAAGAGAAGGUGAGAAUUGGAACUGGGCCUGGGUGUUGAGUACAAGGCUGGCAAGACACAUUGGCUACAUGGAGCUGCUUCUUAAACUCAUGUUUGUCAAUCCUCCAGAGCUACCAGAGCAGACAACGAAAGCCUUACCUGUCAGGUUUUUAUUUACAGAUUACAAUAGACUGUCCAGUGUAGGUGGAGAAACGUCACUGGCUGAGAUGAUUGCUACACUCUCAGAUGCCUGUGAGAGAGAGUUUGGUUUUUUAGCAACCCGCCUUUUUCGAGUGUUUAAGACUGAAGAAACACAAGGUAAAAAGAAAUGGAAGAAAACCUGUUGUCUCCCAUCCUUUGUUAUUUUUCUCUUCAUUUUGAGUUGCGUAGUUGCUGGGAUCACUCUUCUGGCCAUUUUUAAUGUGAAACCUGAGAACAUGACUGUGAAUGCGAUCUUGAUAUCAUUUGUAUGUGUUGUGGGUUUGGCCUUCAUCUUGAACUGUCGCACUUGGUGGCGAGUGAUGGAUUCAGUCUUGAAUUCCCAGAGAAAACGGCUUCAUAGUGCUGCUUCAAAGCUUCACAAACUAAAAAGUGAGGGGUUUAUGAAAGUUCUUAAAUGUGAAGUGGAGCUGAUGGCAAAAAUGGCAAAAACUAUUGAUAGCUUCACUCAGAAUCAAACCAGGCUUGUGGUGAUCAUUGAUGGACUGGAUGCAUGUGAACAGGACAAAGUUUUACAGAUGCUUGACACUGUUCGAGUCUUAUUUUCAAAGGGCCCAUUUAUUGCUAUUUUUGCUAGUGAUCCACACAUUAUUAUAAAGGCAAUUAAUCAAAAUCUGAACAGUGUGCUACGUGAUUCAAAUAUAAAUGGACACGAUUACAUGAGAAAUAUAGUCCAUCUACCUGUUUUUCUUAACAGUCGUGGACUCAGCAGUGCUAAAAAGAUGAUGGUAGCUGCAACCACAAAUGGAGAUAUUCCAUACACAGAUGGUUCAGCAUUCCAUGAAGAUGUUGAUCGAAGGGUUUCACAGAAUAGCCUGGGAGAUGUGACUAAGCUUGGAAGCAAAACAGCUCUCAACAGAAGGGAUACCUACAGAAGACGACAGAUGCAGCGUACUAUUACACGUCAGAUGUCUUUUGAUUUGACCAAGCUGUUAGUUACAGAAGACUGGUUCAGUGAUAUCAGCCCACAGACCAUGAGACGCUUGCUCAAUAUUGUUUCUGUGACAGGGCGUUUAUUGAGAGCUAAUCAGAUCACUUUCAACUGGGACAGGCUGGCGAGUUGGAUCAACUUGACAGAGCAAUGGCCAUACAGAACAUCUUGGCUUAUAUUGUAUUUGGAAGAAACUGAAAAUGUUCCUGAUCAGUUAACUUUAAAAACAAUCUAUGAAAGAAUUUCAAAGAAUAUUCCAACAACAAAAGAUGUCGAACCUCUUCUUGAAAUAGACGGGGAUAUUCGUAACUUUGAAGUAUUUUUGUCUUCUCGAACUCCUGUUCUUGUAGCACGUGAUGUAAAGACCUUCUUACCAUGUACUGUAAACCUUGAUCCAAAGCUCCGAGAAAUCAUUGCAGAUGUCCGUGCUGCAAGAGACCAGAUGAACAUUGGAGCAAUCCCAUACCCACCACUGCCUUUACAUGAGUCAGCUCCUAGAGCUUCAUCAGUCUUUAGCCAGCAAUCAUCAGCCUGCUCUUCAACACACUCCUUUAACGGGCCUUUCAAUGGAGGAGUGGUAUCACCCCAGCCUCACAGCAGCUACUACAGUGGUAUGACAGGACCCCAGCAUCCAUUCUAUAAUCGACCAUUCUUUGCCCCAUAUGUUUACAUGCCAAGGUAUUACCCUGGCAGUUCUCAUCUCAUCCCACGUUCAUCAAUAAAAUCGAAUUUGUCCAGAGAUCAGAGUCUAGAUAUGAUCAAGGAGGAUGCUGAUGAGGGGCUUCCUUCACCCACAGACCCCUCAAUGGCAAACAUAAAUGGUCGUGUUUUAGCACAGUGCAACAUCGAUGAACUGAAGCGAGAGAUGAACAUGAAUUUUGGUGACUGGCAUCUUUUCAGAAGCACAGUACUUGAAAUGAGAAGUGCGGAGAGUCAGGCCGUCCACGAAGAUUCCCGUGCAGCAGCUGAACAUUCCAAUCCCCACAACGAUCUCGCUCGUCGUGCCACACUGAAUAGCGAGUUGCCUCAUACGGAACUUACAGGCCUCUCUGGUCAACCUCCCUAUGCUCUCAACUUCAGUUUCGAAGAGCUGAACACUAUCGGUUUAGAUGAAGCCCCUCCACGUCACAGUAACCUAAGCUGGCAGUCGCAAACUCGAAGAACUCCAAGUCUUUCAAGCCUCAAUUCUCAAGACUCUAGUAUUGAAAUUUCAAAGCUUACUGAUAAGGUACAGGCAGAAUAUAGAGAUGCAUAUAGAGAAUAUAUUGCUCAAAUGUCUCAACUAGAAGGGGGUGCAAGUUCUAGUACUGUGAGUGGCAGAUCCUCCCCACAUAGCUCAGCAGCUUUUUAUAUGGGCCAGAGCACGUCAACAGGCUCCCUGCAUUCCAGCAUUGAGCAAGAUAAAGGAAAGGAUGCAGAACAGAAACAAGAUGAUGGAAGGAAGUCUUUCUUGAUUAAACGGAAUGAUGUAGACUACAGUACAUCGGGGGUAUCUACGAGCGAUGCAUCUCCAUUGGAUCCCAUUACUGAAGAAGAUGAAAAAUCAGAUCAGUCGGGCUCCAAGCUUCUGUCAGGGAAGAAGUCUUCAGAAAGGACCAGCAUUUUCCAAGCCGCGGACCUAAAGCUAAAGGGAGUAGCUUUGCGCUAUCAGAAACUUCCAAGUGAUGAAGAUGAGUCUGGAACAGAAGAAUCGGAUAACACCCCCCUGCUCAAGGAAGGUAAAGACAGAAAAAUCGAAGGGAAAAUAGAGAGGCAGCCAAAAUCCCCAGAACAUGGACCUGAGCCCAUUAGAACCUUGAUUAAAGCAAAGGAGUACUUGACGGAUGCUCUCCUGGACAAGAAGGAUUCCUCUGACUCUGGGGUGAGAUCCAGUGAGAGCUCUCCAAACCACUCCCUUCAUAAUGAUGGAGAUGACUUGCAGCUUGAAAAGGCCAAUCUCAUUGAGCUGGAAGAUGAUGGCCGCAGUGGGAAAAGAGGAAUCCCUCAUAGCUUAAGUGGCCUUCAAGAUUCAACAUUGGCUCGUAUGUCGAUCUGCUCAGAAGAUAAGAAAAGCCCUUCAGACAGUAGCUUAAUAGCAAGCAGCCCUGAGGAGAACUGGCCAGCUUGCCAGAAAGUUUACAAUUUAAACAGAACACCCAGCACAGUCACCCUAAAUAACAAUAGUGCCCCAGCCAAUAGAGCGAAUCAAAAUUUUGAAGAGAUUGAAAGCAUCAGAGAGCCUCCUCAAAUCAUUCUGCGCCCUGGAUCAAGUUCUAACGCAGUUGCAGUACAGAAUGAUAACCUGAAAGGUGUGGCCCACAAGCGAAGCCAGCGUCCAAGUUAUGCCAGGCUUUCAAAAGAUUCUUCUGAGCUCCUUACCGUUACUGGCUCUGAUGCUGCAGGCUUUGGGGAAGAGAGAGAGAGCAUUCUUUGAGAGGUCUGAGUUCAUAUGGCAUGCCUGAAUAAUAACAUUUCAAUGCCUUCCCUCUUCUACAUGCUCUUUCUGAUCAGGCUCUUUAUUGGUUUACCUCCCUAUAUUAUGGUUUGGAGUCCCCCGUCCUCUCUCUACCCAAGCAUUAUCAUGAAAAAUUAGAGGUACUUAACUGUGGCUGGACUAUGCCCUUAAGCCCCAUAGAUUUCAGUGUGUGUUUUAAGUUUGGUGUGAGAUAAUAUCCAGAGUUAAUGAGCAGUCCCUUCACCAAUAAAGGCAGUGUUUAACUCCCCAUGGAAGCAGAAAUUCUAACUGCUGAAAAGGAAAAAAAAAUUAGUAUUAAGAUAACCUUGCAGAGACAAAAAUGAAUAUUUUUUUAAAAAAACAAACCCUUCCAAUUAGUAAUUUUCAAAAAUUAGUUUUGCUGGUUGGGUGAGAUAGGGAUGGAAUAUCCCAGACCUACAAAUUUACAUUUCUGAGUGUUGUGUGUGACAGUUGAGUGGUGAUGGUUCAAGUAGAGAUCCAAAUAUGGUCUUAAAUGCAACUCUUAUUUAUUACAUUUCAUUAAUGAUGUGGUCCUGGGAAACAUUAAAUGUGUAAGGAAUAGGGUCAAGUUUUAAAAGGAUUACUGCAUGUGGAAAAUGGUAGUUGUGCCUAAGGUUUGAUGUCAUUGGAUGAAUUCUCUGUAGUUGAAUAGUCGCAUUCAAGGAAUUGCACAAAGUGCUUGUGACCAUAGUGUUAGUUGAAGCCAUGUUCAGGCUGAUGCUUGGAUGUAGCCUUUUAAAAUUUAUUAUGAAGUAUUUUCACUUUUUAAAUGAGCAUCUGCAGAUUGAUAUGGUUUUGCCUGAUUGUGGAAGAUGAAAGAGCAGUUAGAAAUUGCCAUUGCUUUGGGAGUAAUUAAAACGUACUGUUUGGCUUAAUCUAGCAAGCAAGCUCAGAAUUUUGUCCUUCCCAGUAGAUGUCAGUAAACUGUACUGCAAACGAAACAUGCAUGAAGUUCACAGUGAUUGGUAAAUCAUAUGUAUUCCAAUAGUAUAGAGGAUAAUAAAAUAAUGG